AUGAUCGAAGAUGAUGCGUACCGUUCUUCCUCUCAAUAUCGAUAUUGGUCGUACACCAAAGAAUGUCUAGCACGCAUACGUCAAAAUACCAAUGAUCUUGCAUCUGAAAGAGUCCGAGUGGCUUUCAGGCGAGUGCAAGCCUCUAAGUCAUCUUCUCACAGCAAUGGAGAUUCAGCGAACGGCUCGAGCCCAGAGACGGGCGGGACCAAGGCUGCAAGUGAUACAGAAGUCCACACCUUGACUGCCGACGAGGAGUUGAAGAUUGUCGAAUGGGGAUGUCAGAAGAUCAUGGAUAUGGGUGAAGCAAUGAUCCCUCGGGUGCCGAGUGCUGUUGUGGCAACUGCAAUUCAAUAUCUACGCCGUUUCUAUUUGACCAACAGUCCCAUGACAUACCAUCCCAAGCAAAUCAUGAUGUGUGCGCUAUAUCUGGCAACGAAAGCCGACCAUUUCUACAUCUCACUACCACGGUUCAUCGCCGAAUUGAACAAUGUCUCUGAAGACAACGUCAAAGCGCCCGAGUUCUUACUGUUGCAAGGUUUGAGAUUCACUUUAGAUGUACGGCAUCCCAUGAAAGGGCUCGCUGGCGGACACGUUGAGAUGAGCGACAUGGGCGAGGAGGGGUUACUGAACGGCGUGGAAUCCGGCAAAGGGAGUGCGAAGAGAAUCGGCGCAGCAGCAGAUUACGCGAAGAGACUCCUCGCCACGGCGGCGCAGCUUACAGAUGCCUACUUUCUGUACACGCCCAGUCAGAUCUGGCUGGCAGCGGUCAUGGUCGCUGACAGAGCCCUUGCAGAAAGCUACGUCGAGGCGAAAAUAAAGGGUCUACAGAGCCUAGGAGCAGCCAGCGACGCCGAAGCCGAUCAGAUGAAACAGAAAUUAAUCCCGACGAUAUCGUCCUGUGCCGCGCUGCUCGAGUCCUACAGAUCACCUGAGGACGACGCAGCUCAGAGGAAGGAGAUGAAGCGGAUUGGUAAGAAGUUGACAAUAUGCCAGAAUCCCGAGAAGAUGGACAUCGUCGCCGUGGCGAGAGCCAAGGCCGCUGAAAAGAGAGAAGGUGAUAAUGGCAGUGAUGCCGAGAAGGCGCUCAAGAAGCGCAAGCUCGAGAGGGAGAAUUUGCAGAAGGACGGCGACGUCUUUGGUCCAGACCUGAGAAAUGUUGACAAGUGA